UCCUCGCAGCUCGCCUCGCCCUUUCAAUCGGCAUAGCGGUCUAUUCACAUAUCUAGUCCUGUCACUAUGGUUGUCUUACACGCGGAGCCGAGCUCAUCCUCGACCACCCACAAGAAGAACAGGCGGAAGCUGAACAGAAAGGCCUCUGCAAAGUCUGCAGAUAUCCAAGACGAGGAGAUGGGCGACGAGUCUGCCGACAUCACGGAGGUCGUCCCUCAGAUUUUGGCCGAGCAGGGGAAACAGCAAACCGGGGACGACGACGAACUCAUGAUUGAUACCGAUCCCUCCUCAUUACCUACCCAGUCUUCCGCCCCUGCAUUCCCGCCCCUCCCCGCUUCCGCACAACGAACGGCACUGAAGUCCGAGAUGAGGAGAAUACCGAUACCCCCGCAUCGCAUGACGCCGUUGAAGAAGGAUUGGGUGAACAUCUUUUCACCGCUCACGGAGAUGCUGCAACUACAAGUGCGGAUGAACGUGCAAAGAAAAUGUGUUGAGAUCAGGACGUCAAAACACACACAGGACAUAGGUGCCAUUCAAAAGGGCGCCGACUUCGUCAAGUCGUAUGCUCUGGGCUUUGACGUGAACGAUGCCAUCGCUCUUCUCCGACUAGACGAUCUUUACCUCGAUUCGUUUGAAAUCAAGGAUGUUAAGACUCUGCAUGGCGAUCACUUGUCUCGUGCAAUUGGGCGAAUUGCUGGCCAGGACGGCAAGACGAAGUUCACGAUCGAGAACGCCAGCCGGACUCGUAUCGUCCUUGCCGAUACUAAAAUCCAUAUUCUGGGAUCAUUCCAGAACAUCAAAAUCGCCCGGGACGCCAUAGUGUCGCUCAUCCUGGGCUCGCCGCCUGGUAAAGUCUACGCGGGCCUGCGGACGGUCAGCAGUCGUAUGCGGCAGCGAGCUUUGUAACUCAAUCUAUCUUCGUGAUGUCUUUUUGUGGAUCUAAUAGCAUGGAUAUUUCAUCGA